AUGAACUCAGAUGAUAUUUUAGAUGCUUUAAAUGACUCAGAUUUCGAUUACGAUUCUGGCAGAUUCAAUCAAAGUACUUUUGACUUUAUUGAUAAUAGACAGUUGUUAUGUGAUUUGGGGCCAGAAUGUGAACCGAUUGAUGUUUACAAUUGUUUUCUUUGUGAUGAUAUUAUACAAAUUAUUGUUAUUGAAACAAAUAGGCAAGCAUUAAAGUAUAAAUGGAACUGGACUAAUACAAAUGAAGUAGAAAUCAAAAAUUUUUUGGCCAUAGUAAUGUACACAGGACUUGUAUCUUACCCUAAGAUAUCUGAUUAUUGGAGUCGGCAACCAUUGUUUUACAAUACAUUUAUUCCUAAAAUCAUGCCUAGAAAUAGGUUUCAAGAACUACUUAGAUUUUUCCAUGUUGCUGACAAUGACACUAUAGUUCAUGGUGAUAGGCUGGGAAAAAUACAACCUUUGGUUGUAAAAUUAGUCAAUAAUUUUAAAAAGUAUAAGGUACCUGGUGAAAAUGUUGUCAUUGAUGAGACAAUGAUACCCUUUAGAGGGCGACUUAGUUUUAGACAGUACAUACCUAGUAAAUCAGCCAGGUAUGGAGUAAAAUUAUUCAAAAUCUGUGAUAAUAUUGGCUAUACCUAUGAUUUGAUUAUUUAUAGUGGUAAAAAUACAACACCUACAGGCAAUGACUUAACUUGUGCCUCUAAAGUGGUGUUGCAACUUAUGACUGAUUAUUUAAAUAAAGGUAGAACUCUAAUUAUGGAUAAUUAUUAUACAAGUCUUAAUUUAGCUCAUAUAUUAUUAAGUAAAGAAACUCACAUGGUAGGCACUGUAAGAAAAAAUUCUAAAGGAUUUCCUAAAGAUAUAAUGAACUCAAAAUUGAAAAAAGGAGAAAUCAAGGGUAAAGAAGAUGGAAAGGGAGUAGUAGUCAGUAUUUGGAAGGAUAAGAGGGACGUGAGAAUGGUAUCCACUAGACAUGGUAUUGAAAUGGUUGAUACAGGAAAAAUAUCGAGAAAUGGAGAGAAAGUUAAGAAACCUGAAGCAAUUGUGUUCUAUAAUAAAAAUAAACAGGGAAUAGAUGUGUCAGACCAAAUGAACAGUUAUUUCACACCUUUAAGAAAAUCCAUAAGAUGGUACCAUAAAGUGGCGUUUCAACUAUUGCUUGGUACAUCUGUAGUAAAUGCAUUAGUUAUGUACAAAGAAUUGACUGGGAAAAAUAUACAAAUAUCAGCCUUUAGACAGCAGAUUAUUGAAAAAUUAAUAAAAAAAAAAGAUGAAAUAAAUAUAUCCCCAUCAUCUAGAAAACAUAAAUUGGUACAAACAAAUGAAACACAAGGUCAAAGCAACAAAAAAAAAAGAAGAAGAUGUGUUAGAUGUUAUGAAAAACUUGUAAAUGAAAGAGGAAGGCAAGUUGCACAAAAAAUUUGCAAGACCACAAUAACAUUUUGUGAUUCUUGUGAAAAUAAACCAGCUUUUUGCUUGGAAUGUUUUCAAAAUGCUCAUAAAUAA